AUGUCGAGUGAGCAGACCUACAUUAUGAUCAAGCCAGACGGUGUCCAACGCGGCCUCGUUGGCAAGAUCAUCCAGCGCUUCGAGGACCGUGGCUACCAGCUUGUGGCCAUGAAGCUGGUGCACGCUGGUGAAGACCACCUUGAGAAGCACUACAAGGACCUUAAGGGCAAGCCAUUUUUCCCAGGUCUGAUCAAGUACAUGUCGUCGGGUCCUGUCGUGGCUAUGGUCUGGCAGGGCAAGGAUGUCGUGAAGCAGGGCCGUGCGCUCCUUGGUGCCACGAACCCUCUUGCUUCCGCUCCCGGCACGAUCCGUGGCGACUACUGCAUUGAUGUGGGCCGCAACAUCUGCCACGGCUCAGACUCACCUGAGUCGGCCAAGGCUGAGAUUGCGCUCUGGUUCGGCAAGCAGGACGCCACGAUCCCUUACAAGCGUGCCGUCGACCAGUGGAUCUACGAGUAA